CGUCGCCAACGACAUUCUUCUCGAUUCGUCAUCCAUCCUCUGCCUCGUUUCCCGAUCGAUCAUGGCAGCAAUCAAGCUCUAUGGAGUCCCUCUCUCGACGGCGACCAUGCGCGCACUCGCUGCUCUCUACGAGAAAGGCCUCGAGUUUGAGUUGGUCCCCGUCGAUACGAGCUCCGGCGCUCACAAGCAAGAGCCCCACAUCUCCCGCAACCCUUUUGGUCAAGUUCCGGCUUUUGACGACGGUGAUGUGAAGCUUUUCGAAUCAAGGGCUAUCACACAGUACAUAGCCGAGGAAUACAACGACAAAGGCAACCGGCUGUUCUGUCCUGGCAACAAGGUUGUGAAGGCUGCCACAAGGCCGUGGGUGUUUGAACCGGUGGCCAUGAAGCUGACCUUCGAACGAUUCUACAAGCCCAUGUUCGGGAUGAGCACGGACCCUGCAGCUGCGGAAGAGCUUGAAGGGAAGCUGGGGAAAGUCCUAGACGUUUACGAGAAGCGGCUAGGUGAGUCCGAGUACUUGGCCUGUAAUUGCUUCACACUGGCUGACCUCCACCACCUACCUGCGGUUCAUUGCCUGAUGGCCACGGAUUCCAAGAAGGUCUUCCAGGCUCGCCCCAAGGUCAGUGAAUGGGUCGCCAAGAUCACCGCCAGGGAGGCCUGGGCCAAGGUUCUCGCCCUGCAGAAGCCGCACUGAGAGAGAGAGAGAGAGAGAGAGAGAGAGAGAGAGA